UCAGAUGUCUAAUGUAAUGUUUAAAGGCUAAGAAACACUUUUCUGUGUGAUAAGAUUGUUUCUGUGUGAAACACUUUUCUUGAAGGAUCAUUUAUUUAUUUAACUCACCCUUGCUGCAUGUUCCUUACUUCCUUUGGCCACCAACAAACACUUACAUCAACUUUCCUCAUCCCUUGAUUUCCACUUCACCAAAUGGCACCAAAACCUGCAGAAGAAGAACCUCCUCAAGGAGAAACUCUCAAGUACCAGACGUGGGUUCUGAAAGUAUUGAUCCACUGCGAUGGCUGCAAAAAGAGAGUCAAGAAAAUUCUUCAAGGAAUCGACGGGGUUUACAAAACAGAGGUGGAUUCUCUGCAGCACAAGGUUACGGUCACUGGUAACGUGGGCGCUGAGAUUCUCAUCAAGAGGCUUUCAAGAUCAGGGAGGCUAGUGGAGCUUUGGCCAGAGAAACCAGCUGAGAAGAAAGAUAAUAAAAAGCCGGGAAAGUCCAAUAAGGGUGGUGAUGUUAACAAGGAGAAGGAAAACCAGAAGAAUGGUGAACCGGGUGCUGAUGGUGGUUCGAACGAGGGUUCUAAAGAUGGUGGUUCAAAUGAGGGUUCUAAAGAUGGUGAAGAUUCUGAGAAAGAAGAACACAGUGAUGAAUGUGAGGAGGGAGGUGGUGGUGGUGGUGGUGGUGGUGGUGAAGGUGAAAAGAAGAAAAAGAAAAAGAAGAAGAAGAACAAAGGGGAAAACGGUGGUUCUGGUUCUGGUUCUGCAUCUGCUCCUCCUAAGAAUGGAGAAAUUAGUGAAGUUGAUGCAUCAGUGCCUUCAAAUUUGGGCACUUCAAUGGCUGCCAAGGAUCUUGUUAACCCUCCAAUUCAGCAUGCAUACCCUUAUCCACAUGUGUAUUAUUCACCUCCUCCUCCUCCUCCACCAGCUUAUGGAUUAAGCUAUAACACAGCAUAUCCUAACUCAAGUGCUUCAUAUUAUGUUGGAGCACCCAUCAUGCCCAUGCAUGCUUACACCACUCCAUACUCUAGACUGCCACCACCUCCUCCACCGUCUGAUCCAAUCAAACACUAUGGUGAUGAUGCUGAGGAUGAUGAGUAUGAAGGUGGUGGAUAUUGCUCCAUUAUGUGACAGUGAAGUACCUGCUAUAGCUAGUGUUAUUUCUUACUUUUCUUAAUGAUAAAACUUAGGGGAAGAAGUGGGGGUUUAAAUUUUGUAAUAUGGUGAACCAAAUUAGAAAUUAACUACGGGGAAAACAAUAAAAAAAAAGAAAAAGAAAAGAGGGUAUGUGCAGGUAUGGAGGAUGUAGAAUGCUUUGUCUCUGUUUAGCAUGUUCCUUUUUCUUUUCCGUUGUAAAGAGUACAGCUUUUGGGGUAUGCUAAAGAAAGGCCAAUCAAUAGCCUUGUAAUCUCUGCAAUUUGUAGGUCCUGAAAUCUUCAUUUCCCUCUCUAUCAUAUGUGUAAAGUAUCUUUAUAAGUACCACCUUUUCUUUUUCUCUU